AUGGUAAUCUUUUCGAAGUUCCGAAUGGAGGAGUUUUCACAAACAUUAGUGCCUUCUCAGUUGUUGGAAAUAGUAAACUAUGCGGAGGAAUUAAACUAUUCUGUUCUUUACCGGAACAGAAGGUCAAGGCAGCAAGGAGGACACGGUUCUAUUUAUAAAGGGAUUCUCAACUCCGGUGAACAAAUUAUUGCUGUGAAGGUGUUCAAACUACACGAACGUAGAGCGAACAAGAGUUUUGUUACAGAAUGUGAAGCAUUGAAGAACAUUCGCCAUCGAAAUCUUGUCAAGAUAAUUACAACUUGCUCAAGCAUUGAUUUUAAAGGCAACAACUUCAAGGCUUUGGUCUUCGAAUUCAUGGAAAAAGGGUGCUUAGAAAAUUGGUUACACCCAAGUCUUUUAGAGCAACAUGAACCUAAGAACUUGAACUUUGUUCAAAGGCUAAACAUUGCCAUUGAUGUGGCAUGUGCAUUGGAUUAUCUUCAUCAUCAUUGUGAAAUGGCUUUUAUUCAUUGUGAUUUAAAGCCAAGUAACAUUCUUCUUGACGGUGAUUUGCCUGCCCAUAUUAGUGAUUUUGGCUUGGCAAAGAUUUUUUCAGCAACCAAUGGAAUUUCUAUGCAUCAGCAAUCAAGUUCAAUUGGGAUCAGAUGAACAAUUGGCUAUGUUGCCCCAGGUAAUUGUUUAUUGCUUCUUACAUUGAAAUUGAUUAAGAAAUAUUAUUUAGUUACAUUAUAUUAUUAUCUUGCGGUGAGCUAAAAACCAAUUACGAGAUUAUAUAGAAAUUAAGCCAUGUUUUAGAUGACUUUCCUUGACUUUGCCUUAUUGUUUGUUUAGCUACCACAACAAAUUAAAUCAACCAUUGUCCUACCCCUAAUAUAUUUGAACAUAGAUUUUAACCCUUGAGAUAAUUUUAUCUUUUGAAAUGUUGGACUCUUUUUUUUUUUUCAGCAAAAGAAAUACAACUUACUAGUUCAACAAUCAUACCAAAAUUUUGUGGGCAUUUUUUUCACCAUUUCAUAUUGCAGAGUAUGGUAUGGGUGAGGA